CCCACCACCGUCGCCCAACGCCGCCCAAUUGCCCGCUCCCAGCUGCAAGACCAUCUUCGCGACCCGACCCGCGCAAAACAACACGCCUCACGCACCAAUCGCGAUGCUGGCUCGCGGCCUUCUCUGCCGCUUGGCAGCCGAUGUACCCAAAGCAUCAACACAGGACCUCUCGCAGCUCGCCCGCCUUCUCCAACGCAGCACGCUCUCUCGCAAUGGGCUCGCCCCGCCGACCGUCUGCGCCCUCUCACGCGCCUACAAGGCUGCGCUGUACGAAUCCCGCCGCUCCUACGCCACGGCGGCGCGCGCAACAAAGCCCACCGCAAAGGUGAAGCGCGACGUGAAGAAAACAGCCGCAAAGAAGACGCCCGCCAAGAAGUCCGUCAAGAAGGCUGCAGCGGCGAAGCCGAAGGCGAAGCCGAAGAGGAAAGCCGCCGCGAAGAAAAAGGCCGCGCCGAAGAAACCUAGACGUGUGAAGAAGACCGCGGAGGAAAAGGAGAAGGCGACCCUCAGCGAGUACAAGAAGCGAGCGCUGAAGGAGCCAUGCACGCCGCACGCGGUGCAAGCCUGGCAGGUCUUCGUGGGCGAGGCGUUGGCCGGUAGAACCGGGGCCGCAGACAGAGGGAGGCUUGCGGAAGCUGCCGCCAAGUACAAGGCGUUGACUCCGGCAGAGAAGGAGCACUACAACCACCUUGCCAACGAGAAGACGGCCGCCAGGCGAGCAGAAUACGCCGCCUGGAUCCGCAGCCACACGCCCGAGCAGAUCCGCAUGGCCAACCUGGCACGCAGCUACCUUCGACGGAAGCUCAAGGGCGUAUACAAGUCUCGGCCUUCCUACACGACGAAGCUGAAGGAUGACCGGCUCGUCAAGCCGGCCAUUAGGCCAUUCGCUGCUUUCACCGUCGAGCGCCGUUCCAGUGGGGAUUUCAAGGGCAUAACCAUUGGUGCCGCCGCCAAGCUCUGCGGCCAGGAAUGGAAAGCGCUGAGUGCGAGCGAGAAGAAGAAAUACGAGGACGUGUACCUUGCCGACAAAGCUAGAUACGAGAAGGAGUACCAGAGCACGUACGGCCAUGCACCAGCGGCGUGAUCGGUCCUCUUCUCCCCCCCCUUUUCCCUGCCAUCACUGUCUCCUUAGCGCAUGUGCCGUAGCCCUUUGGUCUCUUGGUGGUCGUACCGGUUCCGGCGCGGAUCUUUGUCCAUGCUCAGCUUAGCCUCGCCUGGCGGCUUCCCUUUGUCUUUGGGUGUCUGGGUGUUCCGCGACGCGGUGUAUGAGUCGGAGCGUGAAGACGAACGGGAAAUGUCUGGACAUGGAUCGUUUCGUCGCUAGGGCAAAGACUUGGUAACGCCUUGUCCUUGUCUUGGGUUUUUGGCACAUUCUAGUCAUG